AUGCAAAAUCAAAUUAACAAUUUCUUGGAAACUGCCAGAGAAUACGAAUUAAGAACAAUUAUAGAUAAAGCUGUAAUUUUUGGCCAAAGUAAAUAUGCAAAAGACACAUCUCGUUACUUAAGAAUUUCAAAAAUUCCUUCACAG